UUACACGACUCGAAGGUCGAAUGUGGUUUUCGCUGCGUUAUCAAAUUUGUACCGUUCGCCCACACUCGCUCCAUAGCUUAAUAAGUGAUGAACUGUAGAGUGUAGAAGUACCUAUACGACUACCACGAAUGUAUUUCGAACCGAGUACAUAUGAAAAAUGGAUUCCGAUGGAAUGAAUGGAUAAGAUUUUUGCCUUGUUGGCGAAAUUACCAUUAACCAGAGUCGGGGUUUCCACGAUGGGAAUUUCAGAAUUUCCUCCAGACAGCGUUCAAAUUACAAUAUAUAUCUAAGACAUUUUCGAAAUUCAAUGGAAUUUUUCCACGUUGAUGUAUUAAAAGAUGAUGCAUGCUCGCAAAUAGAUUCCGAAAUGAAAAACAAUAAUUGGAGCCGAGUUGAAAUUUUACGAAUGUAACACGACGACACAGAACCGAAGGACUUUCCGAGAUCUAAUUACAAAAUUACUUACAUAGUUCGAGCGUUUCAGCAUUCUCUCAAUGAAAUAUUAAGAAGAUACGGCUCGCUGGAUAAAAUCUCCACUUUGAACAGAUGCAAUAUUUGAGUUUAAGGCGUUCUUUGACAAUUGAUUUAUUUUUACUGUUGGUAUUUUACCAAUAUAAUGAACUGUGUGUGGUGAAUUCGACAUCAAAUUAUUCAACGACGUCGAUAGAAGAAAUACGUAAAUUCCCUUGUAACAUUAGUAAGGAUGAAGAGGUGUUUCACUGUGAUGAUUCGAACUGCAUUCGGCUGAAGAAUCGUUGUGAUAAUGUUCGUGAUUGCGACAACGGCGAAGAUGAAAGCGUUCAGAAUUGCGGAUGCCUGCCUAAUGAAUUCCGUUGCAGUAACAGUUGCAUCGAUUUGUUAAGCAGAUGUGAUCGAAAUACAGACUGUCCCAACGGCGAAGACGAAGAAAAUUGCGGCACGUAUCAAUGUCCAACUACGCACUUCAAAUGUGAAAAUGAUUUUUGUAUUCCUAUCGAAUUGACUUGUAAUUUUGUUGACGAUUGUGGCGAUAAUUCGGACGAAUACACCGAAUGCUCUCAUCGUAAAUGUUAUUUUCCGGAAUUCCGUUGUCAAAGUGGACAGUGCAUUAGACCAGCUUACCUGUGUGAUAAUCAGUCUCAUUGCCAUGACAAUUCGGAUGAAGAAGAAUGUUCUCCAGAAAAUUUUGUGGAAUGUGGCGACGGUUCCUUGGUGCACAAAAAUUAUUGGUGCGAUAACUGGACAGAUUGCCCUGACAAUCACGCCGACGAAUUGAACUGUGGAGAAUGCACCGGUGAUGAUAAAUUUCAAUGUUCUAACGGCAGAUGUAUCAGACAAGCUAAUGUAUGCGACGCGUAUUGUGACUGCGUAGACCAAAGCUCGGGAGAUAAUAAAGCUUCGAAUUCGACAUGCGAAGACGAACAAGAUUGCGAAGAAUUUUAUACUUUUGAACAGGCUAUAAAAACUUGUCGUGUUGGCAUAUCUAUCAAUUGUAUCCGGAAAUUCAGUACUCACGACACGAGGAAAGUGAAAUAUCGAUGCAUCCGCGGAGAAUACAUUUGCGACGGUGAAAACGAUUGUCAAAAUGGAAAUCCAAGUUCCGACGAAUAUGGUUGUAAUGUGACCGAUCCUGAAGCUGACAAAUAUUUUCGAUGCGAAGAUGGAAGGUUUUUGCCAUCUAAUGUGCGUUGUAAUCACGAAAUAGAUUGUUUAUCCGGCGAAGAUGAGGAUAAUUGUACAUUUACGUCGGACGUAGCUUGUGUAGAAGGUGAAUAUCAUUGUAAAAAUCAAGAGUGUUUGAAUAAGAAUUUUUUCUGCAACGGUAUCUUCGAUUGUUCAGACAGAAGCGAUGAGACGAGAUGUCACGAUUUAGAAUGUCCUCAUGGUUUUCAACGAUGCGUACACGGAGGUCAAUGUUUCAAGAUUAGUCAAUGGUGCGACUACCACGUGGAUUGCCCAGAUGGUUCUGACGAAGAAGAUUGUCCAAUAGAAAAUUGUACCGAGAGCCAGUUUCAGUGUAGAAAUGGACAGUGCAUUGAUAAGUUCGAAGAAUGCGUCAAUACAGGUUUUCCAAAAUCCGGAUGUGCUGACGGGUCUCAUCUGACCACUUGUGAAAAUAAGGUUUGCGAAAAAGGAUUUUAUAAAUGUUACCGAGGUCCUUGUAUCAACGAGAGUUUAAUAUGUAACGGGAAAAUUGACUGCAAAGGAGCGUGGGACGAUGAAAACAACUGUCCGUUCGAAUGUGCCGAAAGCAUGCCAGCUUGUGAAUGUCGCGAUAAACAUAUAAAUUGCACAAAUCUAUCGUUGACGUACGUCCCAAAUAAUAUUGAAAAAGAAAUAACCUGGUUUCAUUUGGGUGGAAAUGAACUUUAUCAUGUUUUGACGAAUGAAACAUUUUAUCACUUCAAUCGUCUUUUGUACUUAGAUUUGAGCAAUAAUAAUAUAACGAUGUUGAUACCGUACAUGUUCGAGAAAUUGUGGAGAUUAAAUACGUUAAAUUUACAAAAUAAUAAUAUCGAAGUACUCGAAAAUGGUACAUUUUAUGGAUUAUCUAAGCUGAAAGGAUUACACUUGGAAGGUAAUAAAAUACGAGUAUUGAAGUCAAUGGCGUUUUAUGGACUUUCAUCGUUGAAAACACUGAGUUUACAAAAUCAACGAAUAGAAUACAUACAAAAUGGAAGUUUCGUUGGUUUGAAACGAUUAACAACGCUUAAUUUAGCUCACAAUCGAAUUACAAUAUUAAGAGAUGAAAAUGAUGUAUUCAUCGGUAUGCCGAGUUUGAUUCAUUUAGAUUUGAGAAAUAAUCCUAUUAUAUCAAUUGAAGCGCAUGUAUUCAAAGUUACCAAUAAUUUAAAUUAUCUGUUUUUGGACGAAUUUCGAUUUUGCUGCGUUGCAAAGCAUGUGGAAUUCUGCUACCCUCCUCCAGACGAAUUCAGUUCGUGUGAAGAUCUCAUGUCAAAUAUUCUAUUGAGAAUUUGCAUUUGGAUAUUGGGAAUUAUAGCCACAUUUGCCAAUCUUCUGGUCAUUGUGUUUCGAACAUUGUAUAAAAAUACCAACAAGGUUCAUUCGUUCCUUAUCAAGAAUUUAGCUCUGGGAGAUUUACUUAUGGGAAUAUAUUUGCUGAUUAUCGCGUACGUAGAUUGGUAUUUUCGCGGAAUGUAUUUCAUUUUCGAUUCCCAAUGGCGUUCAAGUGCGUGGUGCAGUUUUGCCGGAUUCAUCAGCACUUUUUCUAGUGAAUUAUCGGUGUUUACAUUAACAGUGAUAACAUUGGAUAGGUUCCUUGUGAUAAUAUUUCCAUUCCGAACUCACCGUUUAGAAAUAAACAGAACUAGGUUUUUAAUGACUUUAGGAUGGGUUCUGGCUGCUCUGAUUUCAAUAAUACCGCUUCCUUUUCUUCGAAUUGAAUAUUUUCACAAUUUCUACGGUCGUUCUGGUGUUUGUUUACCAUUACACAUAACUCCCGAUAAGCCGAGCGGAUGGGAGUAUUCGGUGUUUGUUUUUUUAUUUCUGAAUUUCCUAUCAUUCAUGAUAAUCGCCGGAAGCUACCUGUGGAUGUAUUUGGCGGCCAGAAAUACUCACAGAGCUGUUCAACGUGAAAGUCGUACGUCAGAUUCGGCGAUGGCAUUUCGUAUGACCUUAUUAGUUGCAACAGAUGCUGCUUGCUGGUUUCCGAUUAUUUUACUUGGACUUUUAUCUUUGGCUGGAUUCACAGUCCCUCCACAGGUUUUCGCGUGGGUUGCUGUGUUUGUGUUACCAUUGAACGCCGCCUUGAAUCCGAUACUUUACACAUUGUCUACCGCCCCCUUCAUGAACCCAACUCGCACGAAUUUAAUCACACUGAAGAGGACUUUGUCGCGAAACGACAGAAGAAGCUAUUACACAUCUACUGCUUUGCAUUACAAUAAUACGCACGAAUGUGUAACUGCCGAAGAGUUUUGUUCAGAGCCAUCUACUCUCAACUGCAGAUCGUGGAGAACAGUAGACACGAUAGUAAGGGAGCACGGCGAAACGAUGCCAUUAAAACAGACCAAAUUGUGCGUACAAGACUGAACGAUGGGAUUUUGAACAAUUACACAUACCUGUGCGUCAAUAAUACGACAGGAAUUUGAAAGCAAUUGCAUGAGAAUUACGCCGAUGAUGACAUUUAAAUAUCACUUGGGGAAGUGAGAGCUCAUUUUUAUAUUCAUUGUUACCGUUGAACUAAAAGAAGAGUUGUAAAAGCUAUAAGAAGAUUUUCUUAAAAAAAAAAAAAAAAAUUAUUUGAAUGACCGAGCAUAUAGCCAAGCUUGUUUUUUAUUGUAUCGGAGUUUUAAAUCACCUUAUGUAUAGGUACCUACCUAACGAUGGUGGAUUAUAUGUUUUGUCGAAAUUGUUUAUACGAGUGAUUAAAUGUUUAUUUACAAAA